AUGGCCGACAACAACACCCCGUCCGUCGACGAGACUCCCAUUUCCCCGUCGCGUGACGGCCAGGGCCGCAAGAACUCGCUGGAGCAGCAUCUAAGCCACCGGCCAGACCGCCAUGAGCUCGUAGAGAAGAACAUCCUGCCAGCGUCCACAGCUGCCCCAAGUUUGCAGGAGAAGCAGAAAGAGCUCGAGAAGCACAUGCGCGCCGACUCGCUCAAUGACAAGAUCUCGCACCGGCCCGCCCCGGAACAGCUGAUCAAGGAAGGCGUCCUGCACGAAGACCCCAGGUCGCCGGAAGAGAAGUACGCCGAAGCGAUCGAGGACGAGUACGCCAAACGCGAGGGCGGUGCUUGA